ACGAGAGGGGACAGCUAUGUGUUCAUAUUUUAUACCAUCUCCAUUUAAUGCAUUUAGCUUGCAGACAUGUUCAAACAAUGUACCUCAUUUUGGAAGGAGGGUAAUAUUUUCAUGCCACGGGCUCGCUAGUUUUUCUAAAGAGGACUUCGAUGGAAAUUAAUGCAACAUAGCAGACCAAGGAUGACAAAGAGGAUGGGAUACGGAGACUGGAGAUGGCAUGUGCUUUGGUGGCAUCAUUUCUUUCUUUUGUGGAAUACAGUAGACGGACAGACUCGUUACAGCAUCCCGGAGGAAUUAAAACAGGGCUUCGUUGUGGGAAAUCUUGCCAAAGACCUUGGUUUGCGACCAUCUGAGAUUUUUGACCGUAAGCUUCGUCUUGCGUCUGAGGCUGGUGAGCAGUAUUUCAGUGUGGAUGCGGGGAAGGGCGAUCUGUUGGUGAAUGACAGAAUAGACAGAGAGGCUUUGUGUGGACAAAGCGUCAGCUGUGUGUUACCUCUGCAAGUUGUUGUAGAGAACCCAUUACAGUCUCAUCGAAUUGAAGUGGAAAUAAGAGACAUAAAUGACAAUUCUCCUAAUUUUCCGACACAAGAAAUUAACCUUAAAAUACCAGAAUCAGUAGCUUUUGGCAAACGCUUUCCAUUAGAAAACGCCGAGGAUCCUGAUGUUGGAAGUAAUUCUUUGAAAACGUAUUCUCUAAGCAAAAACGACCAUUUCUCUUUAAGCUAUAAAGACACACAGAGUGGGAAAGCAGUCCCAGAAUUGGUAUUAGAAAAACAGCUAGACCGAGAAAAGAAUGCUCUCCAUCGACUGCAGUUAACAGCAUUAGAUGGCGGAACCCCAGUAACAUCGGGUACUUGUAAGAUCACCAUUACAGUUCUCGAUAACAAUGACAAUUUUCCUAUUUUCACUGAAAAGGAGUAUAAAGUUUCCUUGAAGGAGAACAGCACCAAAGACACAUUUGUGGUAAAAUUGACAGCUAAGGAUGCAGAUGAGGGACUUAAUGGAGAGGUUAAAUAUGUAUUCGGUCCUCGCACUUCAGAGUCUGUUUUAUCAACAUUUGAACUAAAUGAUGUAAGCGGAGAAAUUGUUUUAAAGGGGCCAUUAGAUUACGAGAGUAGUAAAUCAUAUCUUAUUGAUAUAACUGCUAAAGAUAAAGGGAUUCCCGAAAUGGAGGGUCACUGUCGUGUCCAGGUUGAUAUCGAAGAUGUUAAUGAUAAUGUUCCGGAGAUUGUGCUCACAUCAAAACCCAGUCCUGUACGCGAGGACGCGCAGAGUGGCACGGUGGUGGCUUUGAUAAGUGCGCGAGACCUAGACUCCGGUAAUAACGGGAAAGUUAUGUUAAAUCUUCCAAAAGGUUCUCCUUUUACUCUAAAACCGUCUUUCUCGAAUAAUUAUGAACUGCUUACCAACGGCCCAUUAGAUCGAGAAAGUUUCUCAGAAUAUAAUAUUGAAAUAACAGCCACCGAUUCGGGCUCUCCUCGCCUCUCUAGUAGCAAAAUUAUACCCGUUAGAGUAUUAGAUGUUAACGACAACCCUCCUAUGUUUACUCAAUCGUUCUACAAUGUAUAUUUAAAAGAGAAUGGAGUACCAGGCUCCAUACUGUACUCAGUAUCUGCAACCGACUUGGAUUCUGGUGAAAAUGCAAAACUCUCUUAUUCUAUUUUAGAUUCAAAAGUGCAAGAUGUAUCCGUCUCUUCUUAUGUUUACAUUAACUCAGAUAACGGCAGCAUCUACAGCAUGCACUCGUUUGACUAUGAGAAACUGAAGGUGUUUCAGAUUGUGGUUCAAGCGAAGGACCAGGGCUCUCCAUCUCUCAGCAGCAACGCUACUGUCCAUGUUUUUAUCCUGGACCAGAACGAUAAUGCCCCCGCUGUUAUUUACCCCUCCUCCGCUGCUCUGGGCUCCCUCUCUCAUCAGAGGAUGCCCCGCUCCGCUAAAGCUGCUCAUCUGGUUACUAAGGUGACGGCCGUGGACGCUGACUCGGGCCAUAACGCCUGGAUCUCCUACAGACUGGCGGAGGCCACAGACGCCUCUCUGUUCACUGUCAAUCUGUAUACAGGGGAGGUGAGGACUAAACGUGCUGUUUCCGAGCAGGACGAGUCCUCUCAGAGACUACUUAUAGAGAUCAAGGACGAUGGGGAACCGGUCCAGUCCGCCACCGUUACGGUGUCCAUCCUGGUGGAGGACGGUCUUCAUGAGCCCAUCUUAGACCUCCGACACAAAGUGUCAGAGCCCAGCAAGAAAACCGGGAGAAUCACCCUGUAUUUGAUUCUGUCUCUGGCCUCGGUGUCCGUGCUGUCUCUGGUCACGUUUCUCAUCUUGGCGGUUAAAUGCAUCAGGAACAGCAGAAGCAGCGGGAGCUGCUGCAUGAGACGGAGUGACUGUGAUGAUUACAAGAACCCCAACAGAAACUUGCAGAUCCAGCUCAACACUGAUGGACCUAUAAAGUACGUGGAGGUCCUGGGAGGAGACAUGAUGAGCCAGAGUCAGUCCUUCAGGUCCUGCAUGUCUCCGAUGUCAGAGUAUAGUGAUUUCACUUUAAUUAAACCCAGCAGCACCACAGACUUUAAGGAGGUGAUCAGUGUCUUGGAUGCGUCUUUACCUGACAGCACUUGGACUUUUGAGAGUCAACAGGUGAGCAAAGAGUCAAAAGAAAGUCUCUGA